GGCUACCGCAUUCAAGAGAGCCAUUCCUUAACAAAGAAAAGAGAUAAAUGUAAAUAAGCUCACAUUUUCAGAAUGAGCGGUUUGUUGUAAGAAGCUUCGGCAGCCCAGAGUCUGUUACUUUGGGCUGGGCGAACCUUUCCCUGUAAAAAAAUAUGGAUUAAAAUAUGCACUUCUAAAGUGCAAGUUGUCCAUUUACAUGUUUAUUAGCUAAUUGUCUACAGGCAUGAGCACAUUCUUUCAUCUUGCACACUCUUUCUUGGGGAGGAAAAUAUUUCUUACCAGUCUCUAGUCUCAAAGUGGUGAACCCUGCAGCCAGCAGGCCUUCUGAAAAAAAAAAAAAAAUCAAUGGGUGACAGAAGAUUCAUUGACUUUCAAUUUCAAGAUUUAAAUUCAAGCUUCAGACCCAGGUUAGGCAAUGCUACUGCCAAUAAUACUUGCAUUGUUGAUGAUUCCUUCAAGUAUAAUCUAAAUGGUGCUGUCUACAGUGUUGUAUUCAUCCUGGGUCUGAUAACCAACAGUGCCUCUCUGUUUGUCUUCUGCUUCCGCAUGAAAAUGAGAAGUGAGACUGCUAUUUUCAUCACCAAUCUGGCCCUUUCUGAUUUGCUCUUUGUCUGCACUCUACCUUUCAAAAUAUUUUACAAUUUCAACCGUCACUGGCCUUUUGGUGACACCCUUUGCAAGAUCUCUGGGACUGCAUUCCUCACCAACAUCUAUGGGAGCAUGCUAUUCCUCACCUGUAUUAGCGUGGAUCGUUUCCUGGCCAUUGUUUAUCCCUUCCGAUCUCGUACCAUUAGGACAAGGAGGAAUUCUGCCAUUGUAUGUGCUGGAGUCUGGAUCCUAGUCCUUAGUGGUGGUAUUUCAGCUUCUUUGUUCUCCACCACUAAUGUCAACAAUGCAACCACCACCUGCUUUGAGGGCUUCUCCAAACGUGUCUGGAAGACUUAUCUGUCCAAGAUCACCAUAUUUAUUGAAGUUGUUGGUUUCAUCAUUCCUCUGAUAUUGAAUGUCUCUUGCUCUUCUGUGGUGCUAAGAACCCUUCGCAAGCCUGCUACACUGUCUCAAAUCGGGACCAAUAAGAAAAAAGUGCUGAAGAUGAUCACAGUGCAUAUGGCAGUCUUUAUGGUAUGCUUUGUACCCUAUAACUCUGUCCUCUUCCUGUAUGCCCUAGUGCGCUCCCAAGCCAUUACUAAUUGCUUGUUGGAAAGAUUUGCAAAGAUUAUGUACCCAAUCACCUUGUGCCUUGCAACUCUGAACUGUUGCUUUGACCCUUUUAUCUAUUACUUCACCCUUGAGUCUUUUCAGAAGUCCUUCUACAUCAAUACCCAUAUCAAGAUGGAGUCCCUGUUUAAGACUGAAACACCUCUAACCACAAAGCCUUCCCUUCCAGCUAUUCAAGAAGAGAUUAGUGAUCAAACAACACAUAAUGGUGGUGAACUGAUGUUAGAAUCCACCUUUUAGGUAAUGAGAACUGUCUUUAGGUCCAGAUAUGGUCUUUCUUAUGAUUUUUCCUAUGCUAUGAACAAGACAGUUUGAAGCUAAUGAUACUGAAAACAGAUUAAUGUACUGAAUACAGUCAGAUACAUUUAUUUGAAUGUUUAUUGUGCAUAUGCUGUUUUGUUCAAUAAUUAUAGGUCAGGUCUAAUUACAACAACCAAAAGAGAUUGCCAAACUCUUCUGCUGUGUUGUAAUUUCAUUGUAUCACAUUAUAUGAGUAGCCAGUGGCCUUGACUUUAGUGAUAUGGAGAUUAUUUUAAAUUUUUUUUUAAAGAUAUUUCCACUUUGGUAAUAUUUGGUAAUUAGGUUGGGCCUAUAAAUAUAGAACAAAUUCAGGGAUUAUUUAAAAAAAAAACUUUGUGUUACUACUGAUACAUGUGAGUCUUUUUUUCCAUUUUUGUAUUGUCAUAGAGUAUAUUUUAGCUCAAGAACAUAUUUUAGCCUAACAUUAUUAAUAAGAAAUGUGUCAAAUUUAAAAGAGCUGGUAAAAUUUAUUGUAUAUAUUUUGAAAGUAGAAACAUAAAUUGUGUUUGCCUGAAUAUGGAUGGGAAGAAACAAAAGUAACUGGAUUCACACAUUUGCAGGUCCCAGCAGUGUCAUUUUUUUAAAAAAAAUCUUCCUUUUUUUUAUACUACAUUAAAAUUUCCAUAUGAAACUUCAAAUCCAGAAAGCUGCUAAAUGUGUGCCCCAAAUAAGUACAAAAUAGAAAAUCACAUAAAACAACAAAUAUCCAUUAAAAAACUAGCAACACCAACAUUUUUUCUUAAUUUCCAAUUAUCUUUCUUUUGAGAGACUGAUUCUAUAAAAUAUUCUUCAUAUAAAACUUUGGAGCACAAUGCAGCCAGAAUACUGCUGCAUUUGUGCCCAGGUCAGGAGCAAAUUGAAAAAAAAAAAAUUAACAACAAAAUAUUAGCAAAAAAUAAAACAAUAAAACACAUUUAAAAAUCUUUCUUAAAACUUUCUUAAUGUUUUUUUGGGUGGAGAGUAGAGAUCUGUAACUUUAAAUCACUUAUUCUCUCAUAUUAAAUUUUGGAGCACAAUGUCCCAGAUUGCUGCUAAAUUUGUGGCCAGGUCAGGAGCAUAUUGAAAAAACUACAUAAACCAACCCAAAUCAAUAAAAUAAAACUCAGAAAAAAAUUACAAAACAAUAAAAACAACAAAAAAUAAUUCCUAACAUUUGCAUUUAUAUUUUAUUUAUUUUUUGAGGUUCUGUAAAUUUAAAAAUACUGUAUCAUUUGUGUGAAAUUUUAGAGUACAAUACAGGUAGAAAUCUGCUAAAUUUGUGCCCAAAUCAGGACCAAAUUGAGUGAAAAUACUCAUAAAGCAACCCCCUACAAAACAAAACACACAAAAAUUUAAAACUUGUAUUUUUUGAGCAUUUGUAAAACUUGCAAAAUACCAUGGCUUUCAUAUGAUGCUUUGGAUCAAAAUGCAGUUAGGAAGCUACUAAACUGGUGCCUAGUUCAGGAGCAAUUAAAAUCAAUAUUUACAAAUAUACAAAAGACAAUAAAACAUUUUUUUAUAACCCACUUAAACAACAAAAUAAAUAAAAUAAUCUUUAAAAUGUUUUACUGUUUAUUGGAUGAAAUGUAGAUUUAAGAAUAUUAAAAUAUGUAAAUAGAACUUCUGAGCACAAUAUAGCUUGAAAGGUGCUACAUUGGUGCUCCUGUCAGAAGGAAUGGAAAUAUAUUCCCUCAUCUACAUUCCUCACACACACACACAAGACAAAACAAUUAAAACAUUGCAAAACAAUAAAACAUUCUGAGAAUUUGUAUUAAUUAAUUUUUAAAAUAUUUGGAUGAUAUGGCAACUUAAAAAUGCUAAGACUUUUAAAGUAAAUCCUCCAUGAACAAUGCAUCUUGUAAGUUGCUUAAAUUGUGCCAGGAAGUGAUUAAAAACAAAACAAAACAAAACAAAACAAAAACCCCAAACACCAUAAAACAUUAAUAGAAAAGGUAAAAAUUUUAAACAAUAAUCAAAUUCCUAAAAUUCUCAUUAACCUUUGUUUUUCUUUUUGAAGAUAUAUAGAUUUAAAAAUACUGAUUUUUAAGUUUAAAACAUGAGCAUAAUGUAACCUUAUUUUUUCUUACAUGAAUCCUUUAUAUUUUAUUUUAUUUUAAUUGCAGUAUAGUUAACAUACAGUGUUAUAUUUGUUUCAGGUAUACAAUAUAGUGAUUCAACAAUUCUAUACAUCACCCUGUGCUCAUCACAAGUGCACUGCUUAAUCAUCCCCAUCACCUAUUUCACCCAUACCCUCACCCACUCCCCUUACAUGAAACCUUUAAAUCAAAUGUUACUGUAUGUAUAAAUCCCUAUCACUAAUGGAAACUAUCCAACAUUUUUAUACCAAUUGAUUAAUUAUGAAUUAUUAUUUUCUCCUCCUUGUAUUAACAUUUGCUAGUGUAACAUUCUCCCAAAACUAUAUAACCAUUACUGAAUGAGGAGAAUGUUUUCAUUGUGAUUCUGUAAAUCAAAAGUAUCCACGCCCAGAACAGAAUUUUUGGAUGCUCCAAUACCAAAUCCUGACUUAAUACUGUUUGUUGAUGAGUCUUAUAUUAAAGAAAGAAAGAAAGAAAAAAACAAUUCCAGGCUUGAUAUACAGUAAAUUGCCUAGUUUCUUUUGUAAGAUCUGUCUCCUUACCAGGACACAAAUGACUAAAAUGACUAAAUCUGAGCCUGGGUUAGGGAAUCAUUGAAAAAAAAGUGCUAAAACGAUAGAACAAUAAUAAAACUAAACUUUCAAAAAUGCAUUACUUUUUUCUUGUUAUCUAAAGUCCUAAAAAAUAAUCAUGCAUUAUAUUGUCUUGUGAAAACAUUAUACAUAGAAUGUAUAAGCAUUAGGUUCAGUUCAAUUAAAUUAGGUUAAGUUAGGCUAAGUUCAUUUGUUAGGUUAUGUUGUAAGAUCAAAUUAGUAAUCAAAGUAUGAGUAAUCUUUUUGUUUUUUUAGUAUUCUUUCUUUCCCACUUGUAAAGUAUAAACUGUAUGUAACUUUUUGUUUGUGCCCUUGGCUCUCAAAAUUAUAAAAUUUCAGGAUGAUGACACCAAACAGUUUAAUGGGAUAUGUUAACCAGGUUGACAUAAAAUAUAUCAAAAAAUUAACUAAUUUUUUGUGUAAUCUCCAUAUUUAGUUCUGUUUAAUUUUCCAUAUUUCAAUUUAUUUUAAGUGAUUUCAAUUUUUAUAGUUAAUAUAACAUGCUAAUAAUAAAAACUUGUGUCAUAUGAACAAUGUAACCAACAAAAUGCAAUGUAUAAUUAAAUAUAAAAUUGAUUUUUAUUUUACAUUUAAAAACAAAAGCAAUAAUUCAGCUUUAAUUACAACUUGGAUUUCAAAUGCUCAUCAAAUGUAAUAAAUAUAUCUGGAUUAUCUAGCAGUUAU